CCCGCUGUUCAUUCCUUCCCUCUCCGGCUUCCCGCGUGGAGGAGCUCACAGGCUGUGUUGGUUGCCGUUGACCAGACACAACCGCCAUCAUGACGUCCCGGUUCUUUAUGUCCGACUCCGAGUCGGAGUCUGACUCGAGUGAGGAGGAGAUUGUUGCCGAGCCGCCAGGAAUCUCAUCUUCAGUGUUUGUGUUCAGUGAAGAUGAGGAAGACACCAAAAGAAUAGUGCGCUCAGCCAAAGAAAAACGCUAUGAAGAACUCAAGAACAUCAUCAAGAACAUCAAGAACUAUAAGAAAAACAAGGAUAUGGCCAGCUUGUUGUCAAGCUUUGAAGAUGUUUGUCGUGCUUAUGCCAAAGCUUUGCCGGUGGUUCAAAAGGAGGAGGGCGGCCGCACCCCGAGGUUCUACGUUCGUUGUCUGGCGGAGCUGGAUGACUUCAUUCAGGCCGUGUGGGAAGACAAGGCUGGAAGAAAGAGCAUGUCAAAAAACAAUGCCAAGGGCCUGACCACCUUGCGGCAGAAGUAUCGCAAGUAUGCCAAGGACUAUGAGGCAGACAUUGCCCUAUUCCGGGAAAACCCUGACGCCCCGGACUCUGAUGCUGAGGUGGAGCGUGAAGACCAGGAGGACGAGAGUGACGACGACAACUUCAUGGAUAGUGGACCAGCUGCCUUCGGGAAGGAUGUUGCUCCAUCCAAGGUCACCAGUAAGAUCAUCAAGGGAAGCGAAGAUGAGGAGGACGACGAUGAUGACAGCAUUGAUUGGGGUCCUGACUCUGAGGACGAGACUUCCUCCUCUGAUGGUGAAGGUGGCAUUGACUCCCUCAGGAAGAAGUUCUUGAAAGAUAAGAGGGACCGAGAUGACGACGACCUGAAGAAGAAAAAGAAAAAGAGGACCCCAAGGGAGAUAAAGACCAAGGACGAGGAGAGUGAUGAUGAUGCCGGCUGGGAGACAGUCAAGAAAGGCUCCUCUAUGCCGAUGGAAAAGCCCAAGAUGUUUGGGAAAGAUGAUGAGAUCAAUGUGACAUCAGUCCACAAGAAGCUCAAUGAGAUCAUGGCUGCACGAGGGAAGAAGGGGACAGACCGCAAAGAGCAGAUUGAGCUGCUGCACGAGCUCCUUAAUGUGGCCAAAGACAACAACUUGGGCCCUGCCAUCUAUGUGAAGAUCCAGUUCAACAUCACCAUGUCCAUCUAUGACUACAAUCCAUCUGUCUCAGACCCUAUGAAGACAGAGUUCUGGGAGAAGGUGCUGGUGAAAAUUGAUGAGCUGCUGGACAUGGUGAUCGAGAACCCUGAACUGACCAUUGGGGAGCAGGUCACCGAAGAGACGGAGAGCCUGGAGAAGGCACCGCUGCUGGUGCGCGGCUGUGUGCUCACCAUUGUGGACCGCAUGGACGAGGAGUUCAUCAAGCUGCUCAAGGCUUGUGAUGCUCACAGCAAUGAAUACAUUGUGAGUCUGCGUGAUGAAAUCCGCGUGUGUGCCAUCAUUGACAAGCUUCUCAAGUACAAGGAGGAGAAGGGCAUGCCGGCUGACAUUUGCCGGGUGUACCUACGUAAGAUUGAACAUCUCUACUACAAAUAUGAACCCCGGGCAGCCAAGCAAGCUGUGGGUGAUCUGCCCACCACGGAUGACACCAGUCUGGCUGAAAUGGAUCGUCUCUGUAAGUACAUCUACGUGCGGGACAACACGGACCGUCUGCGUACCAGGGCGGUGCUGUGCCACAUCUAUCACAUGUCCCUCCAUGACAAGUGGUACGAGGCUCGUGACCUCAUGCUCAUGGCUCACUUACAGGAGACCAUCCAUCACUCUGACCUGCCCACCCAAAUCCUAUACAACCGCACAAUGGUCCAGCUGGGCCUGUGCGCUUUCCGUCACGGCAACAUCAAGGAGGCCCACAAUGCCCUGCUGGACAUCCAGUCUGGUGGACGUGCCAAGGAGCUCCUGGCUCAGGGACUCCUUCCUCAGCGUCAGCACGAGCGAACUACCGAGCAGGAGAAGCAGGAGAAGCAGCGCCAAAUCCCCUUCCAUCAGCACAUCAACCUGGAGAUGCUGGAGUGUGUGUACUUGGUGUCGGCAAUGCUCAUCGAGAUCCCCUACAUGGCCGCCCACGAGUUUGAUGCCCGCCGUCGCAUGAUAUCCAAGUCCUUCCAUCAUCAGCUCAAGAACUCUGAGCGACAGUCUCUGGUUGGUCCCCCGGAGAGCAUGAGGGAGCACGUGGUGGCUGCCUCCAAGGCCAUGCGCAAUGGAAACUGGAAGCAGUGCAGAAACCUGCUCCUGAAUGACAAGAUGAAUGCCAAGGUGUGGGACUUGUUCCACGAAGCAGACCGGGUCAGGAAGAUGCUGGGCCUCAAAAUCCAGGAGGAGAGCCUGCGCACCUACCUCUUCACCUACUCCCACGUGUAUGACUCCAUCUCCCUGGUGAAGCUGUCGGACAUGUUUGAGCUGCCCUACAGCACUGUGCAUGCCAUCAUUAGCAAGAUGAUCAUCAAUGAGGAAAUUAUGGCGUCCCUGGAUGAGCCCACGUCCUGCCUGGUGAUGCACCGCACUGAGCCAUCUUCCCUGCAGUCCCUGUCCCUGCAGCUGGCGGACAAGCUGUACAACCUGGUGGAGAACAACGAGCGCAUCCUGGACCAGAAGCCCUUUUUCACCCGCGGCAUGCAGGGCGGUGGGUACCGUGACCGCAGGGAAAAGGGCAACUGGGGAGACCGCAGAGAUCGGCGAGACCAGAACAUCCACCGCCGGGGUGACAGGGACUGAACCCAAAAGAUUUACUGAAUGGCAGCCAAGGACUGUGCAUUUUGAGAAGUCUUCAAUCCCUCUCCCCCUGAACCCAGACUUUAAAGGUGACUGGGGCCCACACACCCGCCAGACUCCCCCUUCAGCAGCCAGCCCUUGCCUUGGCCUUGUGGGUUGUGGCGAUGUGGCAGUGGCAGGGAGGAAGGGAAGGUCGGGUGUGUGGGCCCCAUCAUUCCACACUCAACGUUUUGCACUACUGAUCAGAAGUGAAUGAAGCUAUGCUAAGAUAUAUCAUGAUGUUAUGCUUUCAAGUUAUGAAAAGCUAUUGGACCUUAAUUAAAGCUUAUGGUAUGGUAAACAA